AGGGAGGAAAAGGUGUGGCCUGCUGCAGAUACGACCCUGACUUCUCUCUCUCUCUCUCUCUCUCUCUCUCUCUGUCUGUCGCUCUGUCUUUGAGUGACUACAGCGCUGCAGAUCGAAAGGAACGAGGAACCACACAGAGAGGAAGAGUUCGAUCUGCUGUUCAGAGUGUGCUGAAGAUCUUGUGCACAGAUCUGUGAAGUUCUCCAGCGCAGCAUCAUGGCGUCUGCGGCUCCUCAGAAGAGGAUGGUGUCGUCUGUCUUCAUCACCCUGGCAUCUCCGUUCGGGGCGAGUGUCACGCCGACGGCUGGCGUCCACAGCAGCCCGCUGCGCCGCUCCAUGACCCCACAGGACGGUCCGAUGGAGUCCAGAGCCCACAGCACACGUCACACAGACACCUCCGCUCCAGACCCAGUUGUGAGCCGUGCCCCUGAUGACCUCCCUCCUCCUCCUCGUGACCCCUGUGACCCCGAGCCCGGACCCCCGGCGGCCCCUGCACAGGAGAGCGCUGUGGGUAAAGUGCUGCUGAGAUCGGCGCCCUCUGCUGGAGGAGACAUGAAGGAGUCCUCAGCUGAUGUGUGUGGAUUCUGUCGUAAGCCGGUGCCUCUGUCCGAACCUGCCAUCGAGGCUCUGAACCGGACGUACCACGCCGUGUGCUUCCAGUGCCGGCAGUGCCACGCUCCACUGGCAGCCAAGAUCUACUACAACAAGUCUGGCACGCCUCUGUGUGACGACUGCUACCAGGCCAGUCUGGAGCCGUGCUGGGCGUGCGGUGAUGUCAUCAAAGAUCAGGUGAUCCGAGCGCUGGAACGAGCCUAUCACCCGCCCUGCUUCGUGUGCACCACGUGCAGACAGCCAAUCGGAGAGCAGAGGUUCGCUCAGGGCGAGGUGGGCGAGGUGUACUGCCUGCAGGACUACUACAGGAAGUACGCGCCUCAGUGUCACGUGUGCGGAGAGCUGAUCAUCCCGCGCGAGGACGGAACGGACAGCUUCACCGUGGAGUGUUUGGGUCACUCGUACCACGAGGACUGUUACCGCUGUGAGGUGUGCAGGGUGCUUCUGUCUCCGGAGCCCAAUGAGAACGGCUGCCACCCGCUGGACGGACAGAUCCUGUGUAAACCGUGUCACGUGUCGCUGAUCCAGAGCGCGCUGCUUUAAACCUGCUUCAGACCAAUGUGAUGAUGACGACACACCGAUUGUAUGAGAAACAGCAGCAUCGGGACCAUUAAGACCUUCUCACAGCACACGAACAUCUCAGAGACGUCUACGAGACG